AUGGAUGACUUAGAGUCGGCUCGCUCACUCCUUGAAUUAGCAGCCAACCGCGUUGCCAUUAUUGGCAGGCCAACCAAGCGAGCAUCACAGCUGAAUGUCCUCAUCGCAACAACAAGAACAACAGCACACAUGCAGGUAUCAGAGUAUACAACUGAGGGUCUGCGCAUUGCACGUGCAAUGUGGACUACGUUCUGGGACGCUGAGCGGCAACAUUUUAGGACGCCGAAGAAGAGUUCUGGGACUGUGGGUGCAACCAAUCUCACGCUCGAUGUGGCCAGCCAGUUAGUUUAGGUGCUGACCCGAGCGAUCGGUGUAUUAGGUGGAUAGCUGGAAUGGAUACGUUAUCUGGCCAUUCGUAAGUUCCCCCGACCUCGUCCCCCGAGAGUGCUGGUUGAUGCCAAGUGUGCUAGAUAAUCGGCGUGGAAGCUCUGCUAGAAGCAGAAGCCGCUAACCCAGGCAGCUUCACAGCCGAAACAAGCGCCUCCCUAGAGGCAGUGGAAAAGUUCUAUUCAAGCGAGUACGGCGCGUACACCGCGUGGCUAGCGUUCGAGGGGAAUCGUGACAUUUAUUACGGUUAGUCCAAGAUCUUUUGGCCCCCCCGGAUACAGAUGGCUAAGGAAGGGGGGUCGCCAGAUGAUAACGCACAAGUUGCCAUCGCAUUGCUCAGGGCGUACAAUAUCCCCUCCGUUAGCAACCCCGUGUACCUCACUCGCGCUAAGCGCAUCUUGGACUUCUUAUUUACCGGAUGGGAUUCAGCAAAUGGUGGGGGGAUGAAGUGGCAUGUAGAGAAGACUGUGCGCAAUGCUAUAUCGACCUCCCUAACGGCUGUGGCGGUGUUGCAAUUUGUCAAGACCGAUCGGCAGAUCGCCGAUGCUGCGGGUGGCGGCGCAGCCGCCGGUGUGGCGGACAAGACUGAAGCGGAGUUGAUCGCUUUUGCACGGCAGUGCGUGCAGUGGGUUCUUGACGAGUUGCAGCUGGAUAGUGGGUUGAUUAUGGAUGGGGUGGGGGGCGGGCCCACUUACACGUUAACACCCCACCUUCCUUUCUCCUCGCAGAAGUGACUUUAGAACUAAUCGUGGGGAGUAGUUACAACACCGGAGUACCACUCCAUGCGAUAUGCCUUCUGCAAGAGCUAGAUCCCACCUACGACCUCGCGGCCAAGGCGGGAAAACUUGCUGCCGCCGCAGUCGACAAGGAAAAAUCUCUCUUCGAGCUCACGGUAGCGAACGUGGAGUACAGGUUCUGGUGGGACAAUACCUACUUUCUCCAACUAUUGGUCGAAGGUCUCAUCAGCUAUGCCAAAACCUACGCCGCCACACAGCCCGCAAUAGCCCAGAGAGUGGUUGGAGAGAUGGACAGACAGCUGAGAUAUGUGAGGGCUUACAUCGUUGACAGCAGUGAUGGGUUGUACGUACUCCUUCUUCCUCUUGCUUUUCUCUCUCUUCCUCGCUAAUUCGACCCACCGCGAUAUACACUGCAGGUAUUGGAGGUCGCUGAGGCUGUAUGCGAUUUCUCAGGAGAAGCUGGCGAUCUACCGCCAGCUCACCGGCGAUAACAGAGAUCCAGAAUAUGAUCAGGAGGAGAGGGUGAUGGAUGAUGCGAACCUGGCCUUGCCCAUAGCAGAGCGCGAGCUCUGCAAGACCCUUUUGGGAAAUGGUGGUGUGUCAAGGACCUUUUUGCUCGCUGGCCAGUACUCUGCCGCCCCCUAGGGCUCACGCAACGCGCUCACGGGCUCAUCCCAUAGCCAUUUGAAGCUAUUCUCCCAAGUUAAUCAAGAAUAUUCUUAAACU